AGAACCGUUGUCAAGAGAGCCAAAGAAGAAGAAACAGUAGAGUUAGCAAUGGCGGUAUGGGCAGUGAUGUGGGUACGAAAAUAUAGAACCACUGUGGGAUGCUGUCGUGAUAUUUGAUGUUAAUAUUCUGUUAUAAUCUGUAGUUUGGAGUCUAUUUGUUCCAUACAGGAAACAUUUUGCUCGUUGUCGUUUGUCGCAGUCUUCUUCGUUUGUUAUUAGGAACACAGUUAUCUGGAGCUGAACGAACAACCAUCGUCUCUCCACUGAGUCCUGAGUCCUGUAUUUACCUUUAUCCUCUCGUCGUUUACUCACCACUUACCAUGCCACUGGGUUUGAAACCGUGCUGUGCAGUCUGCAAGACGAAUUCUUCGUCCAUGUGGAAGAAGGGAAACCAGGGAGAGAUCCUCUGCAACAACUGCACAGGAAAGAGCAGCAGCGGCGGAGCAUCAGGACCCUCCCUGUCCUCCAACACUCAGCCCAGCAAUGGCGGAGGAAAGCAGUCCAAGCAGGAGAUCCACAGGAGGUCUGCACGCCUGAGAAGCACCAAGUACAAAGCUCCUGCCUCCGAGAAGAAAGUGUCGACCAAAGGAAAGGGGAGACGACACAUAUUCAAGCUCAAAAAUCCAAUCAAAUCACCAGAUUCUGUCUCAACAAUCAUCACGUCAGAAUCAGUUUUUUACAAGGGUGUGUACUAUCAGACUGGAGAUGUGAUAAAGGUAACAGAUGAGGAAGAUGGGAAGCCAUACUAUGCUCAGAUUCGAGGCUUCGUACAGGACCAGUACUGUGAAAAAAGUGCUGCCCUGACCUGGUUAAUCCCCACGCAGGCGAGCCCAAAGGACCUGUUUGAUCCUGGGACAUACAUCGUUGGUCCAGAGGAGGAUCUGCCGAGGAAGAUGGAGUACCUGGAGUUUGUGUGCCACGCCCCCUCUGAAUACUUCAAGUCCCGAAGCUCUCCGUUCCCCACCAUCCCCAUGCUGCCAGAAAAGGGCUACAUCUGGACCCACCUAGGAGCAGCACCACCAACCCCCCUCCCUGCCAAAGAAACUGCAAGCAGCAGCAGUUAACACAACUGUGAUAUGGACUAAGUCUGUUGCUUUUAAACAGGCGCUUGUACAUUUAUGUAGUAUAAUGAAAAAACAACAACAAUGGUUUGUUGUCACAUCCAUCACUUCAGAAAGACGACAAAGGAGACUAAGUGUAAAUACGUUUCAGAAAACUUCAUUACACAGUUGCAGUGUAGAAUUUACUUUUGUAUUUACUAAUAAACAGGAAAGCUUCUUUCUACCAUGUCUAUAUAGUAGUUUUACAGUGAUUGAGUUUCUCUGUGGACAGUAAAUCAACAUCAACUUGUUAUUUUUUUUGCAGAACUGAGGCUUUCACAUUUUUUAUCCUGUAAAAAAAGAUAAUGUUAGCUAAGUUAUACAUUUCAGAUCUGAAGUGUCACAUUCCAAUGCUUUCCAGGCAUAUUACAGCACAUGGAAUUCUUUAUUUUCCAACUGCAAACAUUCUCCUGAAAGAGAAAGACCUGAUUAGCUCACCAGGUAAAGCUUUGCUUUUAAAAAAAAACAAACAAACUGUAUAGCAUCCUCUGAAGAAACAGCAGCACAUAGUUUGUUCCUCAAACCUCAGUCCUUCAGCCCCCUGGGUCCACUUUCAACCUCCACUAUACCACCUAUCAACUAGUUUGUCACACCAGUUAAUUUUUCCAUCACAUAGUAACUGUAUUACCAUUAAAACAUGAAUUCACACAAAAUAUUCAAUACAAAUACAGCUAUAUGUAUAACUUAUAAUACACAUGCCUCCGUCUUCAAAGCUUGAUUUUUGCCUUUGCUGGCACCAUUGUUUGUCUCUCCAUUGUUGCCCAUGAAUAUUCUAUUUUCUGGCCGCAUGAAUACCACAGAAACAUAACACUGUCUUACUUUUGAAACUCAGAACAUUCCCUGAAAAAAGCUGAAACUGAUCAGUUCACCUGUUAAUGCUUUGUAUUUAAAAGAGAUAUUAAAAAAACAUUUGUUUAAUCUUCUACAGA